AUGCAUCUGUCAGGAAGAAAGACCUCCAUCGGGAUAUAUCUGGUCUUUGUUGUCUUGGAGUAUAACUGUGGAGCGGUAUCAGGACACCUCUCUUAUUCCGUUUCAGAGGAGGUAAACCUGGGGACUUCUGUUGGGAAUCUCGCCAAGGAUCUAAUUCUUAAUGUGCAUGAUUUGGAGUCGCGUAUGUUUCAGAUCGUUGCUGGUUCAAAGAUAAAGUAUUUCGAUAUCAAUUUGAAGUCAGGGUUUCUCUACGUCAGUGAAAGAAUAGACAGAGAAGAGCUCUGUGCGAACGCUGCAAAAUGCAUAAUGAACGUAGAGGCUGUGAUUAAUAAUCCACUGAAACUUUACCGCAUUGAGGUUAAUAUCCUUGACAUAAACGAUAACCCCCCUUCUUUCAGUGCCAAAUCCCAAACUAUCGACAUAGCAGAGAGCAUAUUGCCGGGUGCUAAAUUCCCUGUCCUGUCGGCCUACGAUGCCGAUGUCGGGAUAAAUAGUAUAAAUACAUACAAGCUAAAUCCCAAUGAGUAUCUGUCUUUAGCAGUGUACAAGGGAGAGAGCGUGUCAGCCGAGUUAGUUCUUCAGAAAGCAUUAGACCGAGAAAAGCAAGCUGUAAUUAAACUCACACUAACCGCUGUAGAUGCAGGAACACCGCCCAAAUCCGACACUUCAGAGAUCAUUAUUAAUGUUCUGGAUAUCAACGAUAAUAUACCGACCUUUACAAAAACAUUGUAUAAAACAAGCAUUACAGAAAAUGCUGCCAUUGGCACGACAGUAGUAAGAGUGACAGCAAAUGACGCUGAUGAGGGGGCAAACAAAGACAUUGUAUAUUUACUUAAUUCAAAAGAUCAGGACCAGGUUUUCGAAGUUUUUGAAAUUGAUUCAGAAACAGGAAUAAUAACCGUAACAGGAAAAAUUGACUUCGAAACAAAUGCUGCCUUUGAAAUUCGUGUGCAGGCUGCUGACAAAGGCCAGCCUCCAUUAACAGCACAGUGUAAAGUACUCGUGGAGGUGGUGGACCUGAAUGACAAUGCGCCUGACAUAACGGUGACGUCACUGCUCAGCACCGUGAAGGAGGACGCUGAAAUCGGUACUGCCAUUGCACUUGUUUCAGUUCUUGAUAGAGAUGGGGGCAAAAACGGUGACGUCAAAUGUGAGAUAUUAAAUUAUGUUCCAUUUAAAUUAGAGUCAAAUUAUAGAAACUAUUAUUCUUUAGUCAUUGGUGAAGCUCUCGACAGGGAACUAAUUUCCCACUAUAAAAUCAUUAUCAAAGCAUCAGAUGAAGGUACGCCUCCUCUCUCUGCUACCAGCGUGGUUAUUAUUCAGGUUUCUGAUGUAAAUGACAACAAACCUCGGUUUUCAGAGACUGCAAUUAAUAUGUAUGUGAAAGAAAACGGUCCUGUUGGGACAGUCUUGAAAGCAGUGUCUGCAACUGAUACAGAUGUUAGUGAAAAUGGUCAGGUGAGCUAUUCAUUAGUCAGUGAUAAUAACUUAGCUUCGUUAUCUCCAAUGGUGAAUAUAAACUCAGAGACUGGAGACAUAGUCAGUCUGCAGUCUUUUAACUACGAGGAGUUAAAAACCUUUCAGUUCAAAGUUCAGGCCACAGACUCUGGUGUUCCUCCGCUCAGCAGCAACGUGACUGUGAACGUUUUAGUCCUGGAUGAGAACGACAACAGUCCCACGAUCCUCGCGCCCUAUUCUGAGCACGGCUCCGUUAACAGUGAGAGCAUCCCCUAUUCUGCUGAAGCGGGAUACUUUGUGGCAAAGAUCAGGGCUGUAGACGCAGACUCUGGAUACAAUGCGCUGCUUUCCUACCACCUGUCUGAGCCCAAAGGAAACAACCUCUUCCGGAUCGGAACCAGCACCGGAGAGAUCAGGACUAAGAGGAGAAUGAGUGACAACGACCUGAAAGCUCACCCCUUGGUGGUGUUGGUUUCUGAUAACGGAGAACCCUCCCUGUCAGCUACUGUGUCUAUUGACGUGGUGGUGGUUGAAAGCACAGCUGACAUCCAGACUCAGUUCAGACAUGUGCCCCGAAAGGAGGACAGCUUCUCUGACUUAAACCUGUAUCUGCUGAUCGGCAUCGUGUCGGUGUCGGUGAUCUUUCUGCUGAGCCUCAUCAGUUUAAUAGCUGUCAAAUGCCACAGGACCGACGGCAGCUUCAGCAGGUACAGCGCCCCAAUGAUCACCACCCACCCUGACGGGAGCUGGUCUUACUCCAAAUCUACUCAGCAGUAUGACGUGUGUUUCAGCUCAGACACGCUGAAGAGUGACGUAGUGGUUUUCCCACCCCAGUUUCCUCCUGUCGAUGGUGAACUGAUCAGUAUUAACGGAGGAGAUACUUAUACCAGAACACAGACUUUACCUAAUAACGACAAGGUAAGAAUUUUGAAAUCACGUAAACCCUUCAUUUAA